UUGCAGACGUUUUGUCACCCUGAUGGGAAAUGGGUUUCUGGAAAUGACACCAACCACCCCAGCAAACUGAGCUAUAUAAAUAACACGCAGGACCGAACACCAACACUUCACCGGAGGCGCACUGAUGAUUUUACCCAGCAGAGUGACAAAACAUUUAUAAUCGAAUACACUGGCUCAGCGACAAACCUCAAUCGAUUUUCUCCUAUGAUGCAAGGCCCAGUGGUGUCACAACAAAAGCAACAAGGGUCAGCACACACUCAUUUUCCUGGGUCCCACCAGGCAGACUCUCUAACCAAGGCAAAAGGAGGCAACAGCGGAGGGGGCAACAAAAGUUUCAUGACCCAAAUCAUACCUGUGUAUGGAUUUGGAUUGUUCAUGUAUGUUCUGUACAUCCUCUUCAAGAUCUCAUCCAAAGGUAGCAUCUCUAGUCCUAAAGUAAGGAAGAGAUGUAGAAGCACCAGACCUGGGAACGUGAAGCAGAAAAUUACUGAUUACGAGCUGGAUCAACUUCAAGAAAAACUGAAAGAGACUGAAGUAGCCAUGGAGAAAUUAGUUUUGAAAAUGGGAGCUGAAUCAGACAAGACUACCUAUGUUACCACUGAACAGGAAGAGAAGUUACUGAGACAUCUGAAGGAAAUCAGCCGAGUAAUUAAGAAGGGGCAACUCUUUGACGGCAUCAGCCCUGAGAAAGAAGCAGAAGAAUCUCCAUACAUGGAGGACUGGGAAAGUGGAGAAAAAUCUUUUGACACUAACAGUGGUCCUGAGGAAAUACACCAGAAAAGCAGUGAAUCUGGAUGCAGUUGCACGUGUGAUACCAACCUAAAUAUUUCUGAGUCGAAUGAGCUUUCUGCAGAGGAAAUAGCAGAAGGAAUAGGCACAAGAGAAGAUUAUUGUCCCUCAAGUGCAACAAUGGAAGAUCAAAUAAGACAAAACAAAAUAGAUCAAGUAUUGGAUCAUCAGCCAAGCACACAGAUUGGUGUGAGUAGCCAGAAUGGCGGUGUUCAAGUAGAAGAACUCCAGUGUGAAGACUGCGAGUAUUUUAACCAUGAAAGUGAUGACCCAGCUAUUUUUGCAGAGAAUUUUGUCACCAGCUCUGAGGAAGCCAGUGAUGCAGAUGAUCAAAUCAGGGAUGAAUCUAUUAAGAACAUUUCAAUUAGUGAAAAGGAGCAAGAAAUCACUUGCAAAAAUAAAGGUGUACUGCGAAAACGCUGCAAGAAGCAAAUUUUCCUGAUGACUGCAAGGCUUUGAUGAAGAGGAGUUUACCUGAACUUCCAGAAGGCACUCAAUAAAAGUUCCAUGUAAGAUAAUGUUGGCUACAAAUCAAAUCUUGUGGAAUCAAAAGCAAAUUAUGAACCUGUUUAAUUAGAUAGUAAAAGAUAGGAUAAAUAGUGUAUGUCUGAAAUGGAAGAAAGUGACAGGUGGCGAUCUUGGCUAACAUAACAGAGAGCUGUAAAUCCAAGUCUGCUGGACACAUUAUAAUGAAGUAGUAAGUAGGUGGAUAGCACUGUUAAAUUACCAAGAGCUAGAGAUAGAUGAAGUGAGCUGACAAAAGUGUAGCAGUUAGAUUUAUUUACCAGUAGACAUGAGGCCAUUCAUUUUGAAUGUAAAAAGGAAUGAAAGGGCCUGUGAGUCAGACUGGAAAUUUUUUAAAAGUACAAGCUGAAGGCAAGGGUGGAGACUGAAGAAAAGUGUGAGCACAGAGGUGGAAUGGAAUGAGUCUCCACUGCAAUUACAUUACAGGAAUAAAUAUCAUGGUGUGAGAGUAUUUGGUAAGAUUUUAAUUUAAUCUAAAUUAAUUACCUAUCAAGUCAUGCUUGAUAGUUUAAUCCGUAUCUAUGUACGAAGAAGUACAAUGGGAUCUUGAUCACAUGUGCCAAUGGGCCAAUGAGUGGUGGAUGGAGUUUAAUUCAGAUAAAUGUGAGGUGCUGCAUUUUGGAAAGGCAUAUCAGGGUAGGACUAGUACACUUAAUAGUAAAGUCCUGGAGAGUGUUCCUGACCAAAGAAAAGGUUCAUAAUUCCUUGAAAAUGGAAUUGCAGUUAGAUAGGAUAGUGAAGAAGGCAUUUGGUAUGCUUGCCUUUAUUGGACAGUGCAUCGAGGAGAGGAGUUGGCAGAUCAUGUUGCAGCUGUUCAGAACAUUGGUUAGGCUACUAUUGAAAUACUGCAUUCAGUUCUGGUCUCCCUGAUACGGGAAGGAAGUUUUGAAAAUCGAAAGGGUUCAGAAACGAUAUGCAAGGAUGUUGCCAGGGUUGGAGCGUUUGAGCCAAAGGGAGACACUGAAUCAAGUGGGGUUAUUUUCCCUGGAGUGUCAGAGGAUGAGGGCUGACCUUAUAGAGAUUUAUAAAAUCAUGGCGGGGCAUGGAUGGGGUAAAUAUCAAGGUCUUUUUCCCCAGGGUGCGGAGUUCAGAACUAGAGGGCCUACGUUUAAGGUGAGGGGGGAAAGUUAUAAAAGGGACUAAGAAGUGAAUUUUUCACACGGAGGGUGGUGCAUAUAUUGAAUGAGCUGCCAGAAAACGUGGUGGAGACUGGUACAAUUACAACAUUUAAAAGGAAUCUGGAUGGGUAUAUGAAUAGGAAGGCUUUGAGAGGGAUAUGGGCCAAAUGCUGGCAAGUGGGACUAGAUUUAUUUAGGAUAUCUGGUCAGCAUGGACAAGUUGGACGGAAAGAUCUGCUUCCGUGCUGUGUAUCUCUAUGAUUCUAUGACUCUAUUUUACUUGAAGGCCUCAAUCCUUCCAAAAACCUAAAUUUGGUUUUGAUAGUUUUGCAUACAGUUGUGACACUAAUUAUAAUUUUAUUAAGCAGGCAUGUGUGCAGUUGAGGCAGAAAUAUAGAAAUUCAUAAUAUUUUGCAUCUAAGUGCCACCACUCUGAGGCUGAAACAGAUUGUUUGAACACUUUUAAUUCUGAGGUGAGUUUCCAACUAUAGGUAUGGUCCAUCACUAAAACUGAUUUCUUCCACCUCUGCAAUGCUAUUUUUCUCUGGCUUAGUGUAAAAUCACCUCCUGCUCAGACCCUUUAUUUGUGUCUUUGUUACCUUGACACUUGACUAUUAUUAGUGUUCACCUGAGCAGCCUUUCAUUUUCCACAUUAUAGCAACUUGAAUUCAUGCAAAGUUCUGUGGCCAUAAUCUAACUGACAACAAGUUACAUUAACCCACCUGACAGUGUCUUCACUGGCUCACUGUGCAGCAACAUCCGUAUUUAAAAUUCUCAUUCUUCUUUUCAUAUUCCUCCAUGUGUUUGUCCUUCAAUAUUUUAGUAACCUCUUCCAACCCCACAACUCCUUGAGAUUUCAGUGGGCCUCUAAUUCUAGCCUUGUGUGUGUCUUUGACUUUAAGCAUUUCAUCAUUGCCAGCACGGCUUCAGUUUCUGAAGCCCUUUUCCUCGAAUCUAACAAAACCCAAACUAUUUCCAGUGUGAUUCCAUUCUAACACUUGAAAAUUACUGCAAACCUCAGAUGCCAACACAAACAAAGAUACCUAGCGGUAUUAUCGCCGGAUAGUUAAUCCAGAGACCCAAAUAAUAUUCCCAGGAUCCAGGUCCAAAUCCCGCCAUGGCAGUAAAACUAAAAAUAAAAUAUAAAAAUAUCUGGAAUUAAGAGUCUAAUGACAACCAUGAAUCGAUUGUCAGGGAAAAACCCAUCUGGUUCACGAAUGUUCUUUAGGAACGGAAAUUACCAUUCUUACCUGGUCUGGCCUACAUGUGACUCCACAUUCACGGCAAUGUGGUCUGAACUGCCUUCUGGGCAACUAGGGAUGGGCAACAAAUGCUGCCCUAAUCAGUGAUGCCCUCAUCCCUUUAAUGAACAAAAAAAGAAGCUGGACAGUAACAUUUAAUAUAUGACAGAGAAAAUAUGUUUCUAAAGCUCGCUGUAAAAUAUUAUCACCAGUUCAUUACUUCAUUUGAGAUACUCCAGGUCAUAGACUCAAGGAGAAAUGCAGCUUGGGGAUCAUGAUCCCAGACAAAUGUAGGAAUCCAGACAUUCUGUAAUGGCGGGUAACAAAAUUGGUCUUAGACAGAUUGCAGUUUAGCAUUGCCAUCAGAUUCCUGAUCAGGACCAGGAUCUGCGUGGAAAUUAGAAAGCUCCUGAACAAGGAUAGAACAUAGCUCGCAACAAUUACGAAUUAAAAACUGAAAAAACUGCAAGUGCUGGAAAUCAGAAGCAAAAACAGAAAUUGCUGGAAAAGCUCAGGAGGUCCAGCAGUACCUGUGGAGGAAAUCGAGGUUAACGUUUCGUGUCCAGUGACCCUUCUUCAGUGCUGAAGGCAGUUAGGAAAAUGUUGUCCUUUAUUUAGAAGAUGGGGGGGGGAGGGAUGUGAGGGUUUUAAGGGGUAAAUGAGAGGUGGUGACAGAGACCAAAGAGACAGAACAGUUGGACAGACAAAAAAAGUGGAUAUCAAUCAUCCUAGGAGAAUGAAAAGCUAAAAAUGGAGACGAUUAGUGGCUAACAAAGUGUGUGUAAUAGCAGACCAUGUGAUGACAGGGCUUGGUAUGUGGGGGUUGAGGUAAGGACAGGGGAGAAGGUGCCUCAAGCCCUAAAAUUGUUGAACUCAAUAUUGAGUCCAGAAGGCUGUAGAGUUCCGAAGUGGGAAAUGAGGUGCUCUUCCAGCAUGUGCUGUGCUUUACUGGAGCACUGCAGGGGACCUGAGACAGAGAUGUUGUCCAGGGAACAAGGUAUUGUGUUGAACUGACAGGCAACUGGAAGCUCCAGAUCCGGAACAUUAACCGUGAUUUCCUCCACAAAUGCUGCCAUUCUGUUUUUGUUUGCAAUAAUUACUAGUCACUGAUUUCCAGCAUCCACAGUUCUUCUAGUUUUUAUUUAGCAUUUAACUCACUGCUACAUGUUAUCUGGUGGCAACUGAAUUGGUCACAGGCAGCAGUCCAUAGUACAAAGAGAGAAAUGGAGACUGAGAGCUAAGUAAUGAUGCUAGUAUAGGGUACUAGGGUGUAGAUUGAAGAGCUUACUACCCCAUCUGCUGCAUAUUUUUCCAUUAAUGGUACUACACAAGUGUAAGUUGUUGUUGAUUUAACAUACAAGUUUAUGCUUUACUUGAUGCUGGAAAGUAAAGGCCACAAGAAUACUCUGGUUGCUACAGAAUAGGAAUGUCAUAGAAUUUAAUCCCAAAGCAACGUUAAAAAUCAGAAUGCAUUGGAUCUCAAAAUAUUUAUCAGAAAAUGACUGUCAGAAUGAUCUAAACUAUGAUUGCCCAUUAUUUAUUGUGCCUAUAAAUAUUUAUUUUACUGACCUAGUAAUCCAGAGGAAUGGAUUAAUGAUACAAUAAAUAAAUCUCAGUCAACUAGUAUUAAUUCCAGUAUGGUAGUUGGAUAAUUUAAGAUCCGGAAAUAAAAACUCGUAACAGUAAUAGUGAUGUUAUAAAGCAGAGGUUGACACCCCGCAUCCCCCUCCCUGAGAACUAAAACCAAAAUACCCAAAGAGAAGCACAUCAUCCUAUAAUCUGUUAAAGGAGUGUGAAAAAUGGUGUGACCUGCUUUUCAGCAACUUCUGGUGGUUAAACAAAAUAAAUCCCUGACACUCACUUUAAAACCAACAAGAAACAAUGUAUUUAUCUACCGCUGGAGAUAAACAAGUUAACUAAACUAUUAACAAACUGAACAAAUACCUUCUAACUAUUAACUAUCCUGAAUAAAGCAAGAUUCUGAUGGAAUGCUGUUCCAAUAAAUACAUAUCCCACUUAUAUUUUUUUAAAAAUUUGUUUGUCAAGUUAAAGCCAGUUUGCGGGUCUUCCGGAAUGUUCUGUGCCUUCUCAAUCAAUUCUUCUGUCAGCCAUGCCUUCUCCCUCAAUUCUUCUAUCAGGAAUGUCAACUGAUUGCACAGUUGGUACCAUUUUUAUUUUGAUGGUCUAAGACAUAGAGAUCCGAAGGAGAUUGUGAGAGUCAGCUAUUCUGUUGCGAGAGUUGAGGGCUUUUAGCUCUGGUGGAUGGCAGUUAGCUCUGGGUUCUUUAUCCAACUGCCUUCUUUUAUACCCUUGAUGACAUAUCAGUAUUUCUUACAACAAGAUUGGUUCUGUGUUGUCAAAACCAUCAGACUUAAAUUUGAUAGGUUUUUAGUAUCUAGUUACCUGGUUCAAAUUGAUUGGCUCAAUUCAAAAACUUGUUUUGGCAAAAACUGCUGUUUGGCCUGCUAACUGUGUGGCCCUUGAAUACGAAUGUUUCAAUUCGAGUGCUUUCUGUGUACUUGCAAACUUUCAAGAUACUGCUCACAGACUUUUUUUUAGAUCUCUAAGCAUAGAAAAAGCACAGCAUCGUUUAAAGGGACCAUGUGAUGCUUUCCCCCUACAAACACAAAUUUCUAACUUCCCGCCUCCCAAUCAUACACAUUCUACCCAACUUUGCUACAAUGACCACGAAGCCAUUUGAUUUUUGUAAAAAAAGUCUCAUGUCUUUUAUGGAAGAAAACCUGUAAUUCUUACCCAAUCUAUACAUGAUUCCAAUCCAAUACCAAAAUGGAUUGCACUUGUUUUGAAAUUCAUUCACAGAAACGUCGGUGUCACUGGUUCGGACAACACUGACUGCCCAACUGCAAUUGCCCAGAGGAUAGUUAAAUGUCAAAC